AUGUGGAAACACACUAGAUCAAUCAGCAAGACGGAUACACAGAUAACCGAAGUCCGGAGUCAAGGAGAUUACCAUAAGGGCAUAGAUGCUGAUUCAAGGUUCUGGGUUCGGGGAUGGGUACAGAUGAUAUCCGGAGAUCUGGAUAUGAAGGUAUGGAUCCGGACAUCAGAUCAGGCGUCUGGAUAUUGGAUGUGUGAAGGUAAACAGAUCUGGGCCGAUAGUGGACUGAAGUCUGGGGGCAUGGAUAAGGGUAUGGAGGUCCGGAUGCAUGUCCAGAAGGGAUCCGGAUGGAUAGAGGAUUGGAGGUCUGGAGGCUUGGACAGGGGGUAUAGAGAUCCGGAUGUGUGUCCAGAAGGCGUGGGAAUAUCGUGGGAUAUAGCUGCGUGUAAGAAACAUGAAUAUGAGCAUGUGAAAUCUGUAGAGACGAGAGGGGUCCAAGAUCCCAAAGGUCAGUUGCUCACUGACAGGAUCGAUAUGGACAAGGGAGCAGAAGCAGGAGCAGUGCUUCAAUAUCUGAAGUGGUAA